AUGGCUGGCCAUCGGCAUGACGCCAUGCAGACAAACCAGAACCUGGGGAACACCUUGGGCUCGCGCUCGGCGGUGAGACAGACCCAUUUCUUUCGGAAGUAUGAGAGUGGCAAUACCAUGAAGGCCUUGCUUGGCACACCUAAUCUCUCCUGGGAUGUGACAAGGAAGCAGGGUGCUUAUGAGGGCCGCAUUGAGGAUCCAUAUGCAGCGUCACCUGUUCGUGAAGUCACAGGGGGUGUUGGAACCUCUCAGAAGGUAAAUUCAAAAAUCUUGGAGCACAAAGCGGCAGCCAAGGUUCAACAUGAAGACUACCAGGACUGGCUCGAAGGUAAGUUUUUCGAUAUGUGUGAAGGUAAGCAAUUCAAUGUUCAACAUAGCCUUACUGUUUGGUGGACCUUUGGGUUUUGCUACUGUACCAGAUCUCAAGCGAGUGAAGGCAAACGAUGGACAUGA